AACAACGAAAGUAGGCGAUAUUAGAUGGCCGAUCUAAAGCUUCCGUAUUGUCAGUAUUGUUGUUACACUCCGUUUCACUUUUCAAUGAAUGUGAUUAUGUUUUGUCGCUGUUAACAUUAUUUACGCUAACUAAAAUAAUGUAAGUAUAACCACAGCCAUACAUAAUGUUAAUCGAUGAUAUAGGUUACACGCCCCGGGAGCGAUAAUUUGUAUAUUUAUCUUUCGAAUAUCGUAUAAUUAAAAUAAAAUUUAAAAAAGUUAAAUAAGUAAUCAAUUAUUAUUAUUAUUCACAAUAUUUCAAAAGCAAUAGUAUGGUCUGAAAUAGUCAUUCAUGUAUAGUAUAGUUAGUCUAUCCAUUUUGUACAAGUUAGUGUCACUACAAUAAUCAAUAUCCAAUGUCAAUACUUAACUUAGUCUAAGACUAAUACUAUAGUAUAGUUACUAUAGUUAGAUAGUGUAAACAGGCUACUACUAGUAGUACUACUACAAUUACAAUAAUACAACAAUAAUAAUAAUUUUAUUUUUUAUAGUUAUAGUCUUUAAUUUUAGGUUCUUGGGUAAAUCAGUUUUCUGUUAGUGUUAUUCAACAUUAUCAAAUCAAUUCUUUACUUAAAGUCACAAAUUAAGUAAAUAGUAAAUAUUACCAGAAGUAGUAGAAGAAGAGACUAGAUAGGCCUAAUUAUUAAAAUUAAGAUAAUUAAGGAAUAGACUUGUUCAACUUGGAUUUUGAUUUUUGUUAAUCCUACUGACCGACAAAGUCAUAUUGACUGAUAUUCAUGUGUGAUUAUCAUUAUGAUUAUGUAGUGUAGCCAUUUCUGCUGAACCUGAAAUUUGAAAUGCAAACUUAGGCUUAGGAUUAAAUCUCCAAAGCAAACUAAAAAAAUGAUGGUGGUAACUUAUGUAUUAAAGUAAAUAAUUGAAUGUGCUAAACUAAAAUAUGAGAUUACCAGCCUAUAGAAAUACUACCCGUUGAAGCUGCAGUCUUGGACUUUGUAUUAAAUACAUAAAACAUUUAAUAAUUACUAAAAAAAUAAGUUAAGAUCACUAGACCUGACUAAGGCUACAGUAGCACUAGGUCUAGACUAGGUUGCUGCUAUCUUUUAAAAGUCCCAAACAAAGUGUGCUGAAAUAAUUCUAAACUAAGUCUAAUACUACGUAAAUAUACAGAAUAAGUAAAAGUGUACAUUUUUUUGUUUUAAUAAUUUAAAUUGGCCCACAAAUUAGUCUUUUAUUGAUUAGACAGAGGCAUAUUCUUUUUUGUUUAGGCCUAUUCACCAUCAGGCUAUUUCCUUAUGCUUAAUUUGCUCCUAGUCCUAAUUAGGCAAAUGCCAGUCACACAUUUUGUUCAUUUAUCUCUGUUCAUCCUCUUAAAUAUUUUUUUCAGAUCAUUUCAUUUCCUGCAGUUAUUCUGUGAUAUAAUCCCUUCUCCGAGUGUUCCAUUUUCUCUCUUUCCAUUGCCCUGUAAAUUCCAUAAGAGAUGUUUUAUGUUAAUUAACCUGCUCAGUUUCACAUGUGAAAAUAUUUUUUACGCAUGUUUUUUUCCAUUGUCUUAUAAACACACAUUGUCAGCAUCUAAACCAGGGAUGGGCAACUUAAGACCAGUUGGUCACAUGUGGCAUGCUGAAACAUUUAAUGUGGCCUGCAAGACUUUUCGGGACAGGAUUAAUGUUUUUGAAAAAUAUACAUAUUGUGAUUUAUUAUCUGUAAAAGAAAAUCAUUAAUCACAGUGUACAAGUUUCAAAAUAUAAUAAUAAUUAUAACAGCAGCAAAUUUAAAACUAUUUCACAGUGAACUUUGAGGGAUUUUUCAGUCAUUCAUAAAUGAUGAAUAUGACAUAUACAUUUUAUUAUCAUGUGGCCAGCCAAAUAAAAAAAAAUUCCAUAUGGUUCUCUGCACAAAAAGGUUGCCCAUCCCUGAUUCAAACCACAGACAGUCACAUUUAAAUACAAUCAUGUAAGCCUAAGCAUACAUAAUUUCAUUGCCUGAGAUGUGGUUACUAAAUACCAUGAUUGCAUGCAAAUGACUUAAUACUCAUAAUAUUCAAAACUACAAUUUAAAUAACAAAAUAUUUUUAAAACUAUCACAGGUGUAAGUAUCAAAAUAAAAAAAGUAAUGUAGGCUUUGAUUAAAUACUUCGUAAUUAUAGUGUAUCUUUUAGUGAUCCAAUGUAAAAAUUCAACACACCAUUUUUGAGACAAAAGUAUAAAGGUGAACCAGUGUCAUGACUUCUGUAAAAUUGUUGUUAGAUAAUGUCAAAUUUCUUAUUAAUUUUUAAAAAUAGAAUGGAUCUAAAAUAAGAUGGUUCUAUGGCCCUAUUAGUUUGAUACUUUGAUAAACUUCUUCGACAUACUUUAAUUUAUUAAAUUGUUUUAUUUCAGUGCCAAUAUGGCUGAUGAAACGGAAGAAGUAGUUAAAGUUCUUUAUGAUUACACCUAUUCUGAUGACAGUGGUAAAAUUGAAAUCAAAGCAGAUGAUGUAUACAGGCUAAUCGAAAAAACAAAUUCUGAAUGGUGGCAAGUGUACGAUCCCUCUGAUUAUGAUGGAGAAUCUUUUUUUGUACCAGCACAAUAUGUGAAAAUUGUUUCUGAGAAAAGUCCAUGGAAAGCUCUAUCUGACUUAGACAAGAUUUUGACUUUUGGAGCAGAUUCUACCUCUUCAAUUUCUGAAAGUAGUGAUACUGAUGAAGAUACUAAUUCAGAACCAUCAAAUUCUAAGCAGAAUGAAAGUGAAAACAGUAAACCUCCAGUUCAAGAUAAAAAUAAAUUAGAUGAGGGAGAAUAUGUAAAUUUGGAUAUGUAUAGAGAUGCGGCUGGGAUUCAGAAUCCAGUAAGUACAUUUGAGUUCAUGUACGGCUACUAGAUGCAUUUCAUAUAUUUCAUAAUUGAAUUAACUUAUUUAAAAUACAUCUUUUGCAGUUACUUUAAAACAAAAAAUAAAUUGUUCCUGAUUGUUAUUACACAUAUUCCUGAAAUAAGUACAUAUGUACUUAAGAAUGUUUUUGAUGCAGCCCAUACAAUAUUUUACAACACAUACUCCCACUGCAGUGCCCUUAUUUCUUUUUCUGAGUUGUGUUGUUUUCUUAGGAAGCAACACCCCCCAAUCUUAUAUUUCAUGAUUAUUUUAAAUAUUGAUGACCAUGUACACAAAAUAAAUGCUCUUGAUUUUCUAUAUUGAAUUUUUUUAAAUGUCAAAUAUCAGUAACAUAAUAAAAAGUAACUACUGUAUCUAUAAAUCUCAAGAUGUAUAAUAUGAAACCUGCAAUUGGUCUGAAAUUAUAUACACUGGCUGCUCUAGAUUACUUGGUAUAAGCCUACUAUUUUCAUUUUGUUACACUUUUAGACUAUGGGAAGGAAAAAUUAUUAUCAUUGAAAUUCAUGACAUGAGCACCCAUCUUUUUUAGACCAGAUAAAAUGUGUGCAGAUGAAACUUGAGAUUUUGCACUUCUUCUGUUUCUAUUAAGGUUUUAUCUGGUAAAUCAGCAACAGAGCCGCCAAAAAACUGCACUCCUGCAACCAAGCCGCCUAUCCCACAAGAACUAAUCCAAGGAUCAAUACCCCCACCACUUCCAAGUGAGGCCACAUUUGUGAAAGUGCUCGUGAAGGAUUUGCCAUGGGAUAUUUAUAAAGAACAUUCUGCUGGAAGGAAUUUUUAUGUAAAUCGUGAAACAGGAGAAAGAAUGUGGAAACCACCAAGAAAAGAUAAGCCAUCCUCAACAGAGCCAGUGAGAUAAAUUUCCUACUCAGAACUUUGUUAGCUUGAAAAACAUAUUUUGCAUUUCAAACUGGGGAUGUUAAUUGAUACCUAGACUUUAAAAUUCCUAGAAAUAUUGAGAAAUUAUUAUUUGAUAAGCAUUGGGAAGGCAGAUGGGGGGUAAUAUCAAGAUAAUCGGUUUUCUACAACAAUAAUGGGUUAAACCAAAAAAAAAAUGUUAACAUUCCUAACUAUUGAAAUUAUCUUGCCGUAUUUUUCAUUAUGGAUAAAUUUAUAAUUUCAUGCUGGGUAGUUCAUUGGGACAAAACUGAUAUUUUUGAGACUUUUCAAGUUGUGUUAAAAUAUAUUUAGGCCUGAAUAUCAAGAUGACAAUUUAAUAGAUGCUUGGCUGAUAUCCUGCCUUCACAGCAAUACAAAAUGAGAACAAAAUAAUAAAAGGAUAGAUAUGCACUUGGUGCUAUGUUCUUGACAGGAAAUUACUUUUGAUUAAAAGGAAAAUGUUUGGAAUUUGAAGAACAUUAGAACAUAUGUUCUUUAUCAAUGCGGAUGAAGAUAUCAUGUGCCCUCAUGAUAUAUGUGUCUCUGUUAUAGUGAGAUGAAACUUGUCACAGCUUUUUUUUGCUCAGUCAAUAUUUUGAAGAUGAUUAUUAAUUGUAUCAAUCUUCUUCUUAUCUCACCUUUGCAGUCCUUCAUAAAAUUUCCUUAUUAUUAUUAGCAAUUUGUUUUCAAUAGUAGAGCAGUGGUUGUCAAGCUUUUUUUGUACAAUUUCUUGCCUGACAAUCUCUUCACAAUAUUUCUGAAUGCUCACUGAACUUUAAAAUGAACUACAAUUAACAUAAAGGCCACUAUUAAAAAAAACAUUUUUGACAUAAAAUUAAUUAUUCGGAAAAGUGUAAAUCUUAGUCAUCAAAUGUGCAUUCAGUGAGAUGGGUCUGCUCUGCAUGAACCAUUUCUUCUAGGUUUGGCUUUGUUUUAGCCAGUUCAACUCACGUCAUUUGUCUCAUCUCCUCUGAUUAAGAAUUUUGUUUUAUUAACAAGUAAUGUAGAAACGCCAUCUCACAUCAUAAGUGGCUGCAAAUGGAAUCAGCUCUCUUCUAGCCAUCGUUGCAACAUCUGGAUAAGGCUGAGCCAUUUCAAUCCAAAAAUCACUACAACACAUAUCACAGAAAACAUGUUCUUCAUCCCCAUCACUUACCAAAUUAAAAAAAUCUUUUCUGGAAUUCAAUUGUCCUCCGAAGGCAGAUCACUAUGGAGUGUACAAACGUGUUGAUAAAUCAAUAUUAUUUUUCAAAAUUGAUACAUGUUGUUUCAUCACCUCCAGGAUAUUGUCAACAAUGUUACGCUCAUGUUCAUCAAUAAAUGUGUGUAUCUGUGGGAGUUGGGGCCAAGUUCUUCUUCCCAUAGUUCAAGCUUUGUUUUAAAAGCUAUACAUUUUUCAUGACUAUUGUGAACUGAGAGCUCUUUUCUUUGCAGCCCCAGGUUGAUGGAAUUCAGAGAUUAAAAAAUGUUGACCAAAAAUGACAGGGAUAAGAAAACUGCCAUCAGAGAAUUUUGCCUUUAUGUCUUGUUAAACGUCUUGCAUUUCCUCACAUAAUAUGAAAAUUCUCUUAAAAACUUUCCUUUUGGAAAGCCACCUCAUGUGGAAGUGCAACAAGAGUUUCUCAAAUUAGGAACCACUUUCUUUGCAUAACUCAGAAAACAAAGGAGAGUUGAGUGGAUUCACUUUAAUAAAGUUCACUGCUGUAAUCACUUCACUGAACAUGAUUUAACUCAUCAGUCAUUGUGUGCAGUGUGUACAAGUAAUAUUUGGGCUUUUUACUUAACUUAAGUUCGAAAACCAGAGCAGCAACUAAGCAUAGCUGGAGCACCGUCAGUACACGCCAGUGACAUGUUACCAUUUGAUACCAUGCGCCUCAAAUGAUCUGUCCACUUUCUCAAAUACUUCUUUAGCAGUUGUUCUGGUGCUGAGAGUUUCACAAAUAAAAAAAAAUCAUCAUCCAGGUGUUUUUCUUAUACAUAUCGUACAUAAACGCUAAGUUGAGCUGAAUUAGCAACAUCAAAUUCAGGAUUUCCCUGCACAUUUUGUAGAAAGGCAAUAUCAAUUGUGCUUUGAUGCUGUAAGGUUUCUUGGUGGCAGCUAUUUUCUUUGAAACCUCAUUGGAGGCUUUUAAAUCAGCCUUAAUGAUCUGCCAAAACAUUCCUAUCAUUAAGCCUAGAUUUUUGCAAUCGUUUGGCAUGGCGUUUAAAGUCAACAUCUUUGUUUAUUGAGCUUGGAUGCUUGGUUUCCAAGUGUCUCUAUAACUUGCUGGGAAUUUAGAGAACUGAAUGUCAACAAAUCAGAACACAAAACACAAUGUUUUUUUUUCCCCACUUGUCUUUAUUACAGUUAACCCACAUUUCAAAUAGGAAAUGUCAUAUCUCAUUACCUUUUUUUAAAGGCAUAAUCUGAAGGAAAAAAUACUUGUUGGAAUUUCAUUUAUAUAAUUAGUAAUUAAUAAUUUUUCAUUUAACAAUUCAAAAUAGAUUAAAAAGGCCAAUUAAUUAAGACAAUAAAACAUCCAAAGUAUAACCAGCAUCAUUUAGAAAGAAAAUCUUACCAAGGCAAAAAAAAAGAAUUUCUGCAUUGGAAUGUUAGCGCGAAGAGAAUUAGGAGAAGUAUGCUCCGCCCAAACCACUCUGGUUAGUUCUAAGUUUAGCUCUUAGCUUCUAAGAAUUGACAGGCAAUUACUGGAGAUCUGAAAGAUAGAUAGUAACUGAAAUAAUUCCUCAGAUAGUUGAUGCUUCACAAUAUGCCAAACAUCUCUCAGAACACUGGUCCUAAAUCUUCCACACACACUGUUGAUUCCGAGAAAGCUGUGUGCCUAAACAUGUGCAUUAUACUAGUGAUUCUCAAAUUUUGACUAAGCAAAGUCUCAUGAAAAUUAAAUUGGGUUCCUUCACGGGACAUAGAAACAAGGGAUAACAAUAGCAAACAGCCCAAAAUUUCAUCUAUUUGAGCCCUUCAUGGUCCAAAUGAAACCGCUUUGCUGUCUCCUAAAGGACCAGCGACCCCAGUUUGAGAAACAUUGGUGUAGAGCUAAGUGCCAUCUUUUUAAAAAUUCUUUAUACUAACUUCGCUUUUGUGUGUUUAGGGCAAAAUCUUCGAACGGCUAAUUGACCCACUUCCUGUCAACCUGUCGAGCUGAAACUUGUCAUACUUGUUGCAUAUGACAACACAUUCUAAUAAAUUUUCAGCCCCACCCCCAAACCUCCAAAAAUCAGUUUUUACUGUUUUUCAAGGGGAAGAUGAGGGAAAUAUGAUGAUAAUGAUUUCAUGAAAUAAAAUUCCUGAUAACUGAGCUAAAUGAGAGUCCUUUUUUAAAAAAAAUAUUAAAAGUGCAACAUAAUAUUUUCUUUUGUUUUUCUGAAAUAGUUGGGGAAAUAAAUAUGCGGUGUAAAAGCAGGUGGGACAUUAGUAUAUUAAUAAAAAAUAAAAAAUGCACAUAAUGCAGGGGUCUCAAACUCAAAUUAUCCGCGGGGGGGGGGGGGGCGCGGGGGGAAGAGUCGGAGGGAGACGGGGCGGCAAAAAGUAUUCCACACAAAAAGAAAAUAAAAAAUUAAAAAAAGUACAACUGUUACAAUGUGCUCAACUUUUAUUAAUAAAAAAAUUCCACACAAAAAGACAAUUAAAAAUUCAAUAAAGUACAACUGUUACAAUGUGCUCAACUUUUAUUAAUAACAAAAACAUUAAGGCUUCACUUUCUUCCUCCUACUCCUUUAUGCCAGAAAUGUGGCAACGUUUCUUCUUACACAGCUGAGCAACAUUUGGCUUGAUUGAGGAAGCAACUGAGACCCUCAGUAUAGUUUGAAGAUGCUCAUCAGUAAGUUUGGCCAUGAACUUUGACUUGUUAAAGUUCAUGGGGGGAAAAGAGCUUUUCCACAAACAGAUACUAACAAAAAGGCUUGAACAACCUGGAAAUCUCAAGGAAGAUGGAGGGUAAUGCUCUCAUAAAUUGUCCUAGCGUGUCUUUUUUUCCAUUCACCUCCCUGAACUUAGACUUGAGCUCAGAAUUGCACUGAAAAUCAAUCAGCUCCAUUUUAAGCACAGGGGAGGGGGCAUCUUCCACAUUGAAGGAGAAAGGGCAGCAGGAGAUAAGUGGCUAUGUGUGUUUUGAAGUCUGCAAAUGUUAAUAAAUUCUUCCUGUAGCUUUGCAAUGGCAUGAGUAUACUUACUACUGAAUGGUGUGCCCAAGUCCAUGAGUACUUCGCAUGUUGGCAAAUGGCAGAGGUUUCUCUGAGAACCAUACCACACAUUUUGUACAGAAUGCUCUGACAUUGUCAUAGGCAACAUUGACAAGCUACCCCUGGUCUUGUAACUUCUUUUUGAGUACGUUCAGCUCCUGUGUAAGGUCAUCAGGAAAAGCCAAGUCCAUGAGCCGUUUGGGAUCACUUUCUUUCUUUUGCCUCUUCGUCCUCGAGGAACAGCAGCCAAUCUUCAUCGAUGUCUGUGAUCCUUCCAAGGACAUAGGCCGCCUACAAGAGUUCUUCAGGCAUUACGAUCCUGAGCCAAUCUCUCCAGCUUCCCCCAAGUGUUGCCAAGUUUCUUGGGAUCACUUAGUACAUAAAAAAAAACCAACCCCAUCCUUCUCCACGAAGGCUUUUAAAGCUAAAAUGUGUUCAAACAGUAGCCAGGAGCAGGCAAUAUUUAUGAAUUAUUGAUGAGAAGGAAGAUGCCAUUGUAGGGAGAAUGAAUAUUUAUGUUUUUAUCGUAGAAAAUGCCUUUUUGACUAACCUUAUUUUGAUAGUGACCAAGCUGACAGGCUUGGAAUUUCCCUCCCUCAUAAACACUAGCAGCAAUUUUAAUAGAGAUUCAUUGAUACUGUGUCAGAUUGCAACGAUUUAAACAAUUAUGUUUGUUUAUUUCUCAUUAAUUGACUUUUUAAAUUGUUCUCAAAACUGCACUUUGGCCAUGUUUGUUUCAUAAAAUGCUAUAAUAUAAAAACUUUUUGUCUGAUUUUAGAACAGUUUUUACCAUUGUAAUCAACAUCCAAACCUAUACAAACUUAAUAAAAAUCAGAAUUAGACUUGUCAAUGAGAUUUGUCUGAAACCGUUGUGAAGGGUCACAUUAUAGAUAUGAGUAUGGGGAAAACGCGCCAGUCGCAUUAACACUAAACUUUGCUGUCAGGUAUAUGAGUAUGGGGAAAACGCGCCAGUCACAUUAACACUAAACUUCGCUGUCAGGUAUCAGGCUGCAAAAUAUUGUCUUGCGGGCCGAGAGUUCGAGACCCCUGAUAUAAAGGAUUUAUUUGAAAAAACUUUGUUUUUAAGGGUUGUUAAAUUUUGGUACUGAUAAUGUUCUGAUCUUGUAUUGUGUGGGGAAAGUCUCUCACCCAAAAUGUACAUUUAUUUGUCUUCUAUUUAUAUUCAGGCAUCAAACCUAUCUCAAUACUAUUUAAUAUUUUUUAAUGUUGACCAUUUGGAAUAAUGUAAUUUCAUUUUAAUGAAGCAGUAUUUUUUUUGGUAGAAUUAUUUAAAGGGCUGCAGUGUUAAUAAAUGAGGGAGAGAUAUCAGCAAAUUUCUCUUAUUUUUUUCUGGUUUGUCUUCUCUUAGGUCUCUUCUACCCUAUGCUUUUCAUAUUUUAUUUUUGUGAUUGAUCUUUGGUACAACCGAAUAUAAGUAUUAAUUUCUAAGAUUAAAUUUUACAUUUUCUAUCAUCUGAUGCUUGUCAAGGAUUGCUUGUCUGUUUUAAAUCUUUUAGUUUUUAUUUUCAAUAUUUAAGCUGCAAAUUUAACAUUAUCAAUCAUUAGCCUAAAACUCCAGAAUUGAGCUCUCCAGACAGUGCAACUGGCAGUAAAGUUGGAGAGUGGACAGGUAUUCCUCCUGAAUAUGAGCAGGUGCAUGACAAUGGGAGUGUUUAUUUCAUUCAUAAAUCUACACAAGAAAAGGUAUGGCUAUUUUUUUUAUCACAUCUCCUUAAAAUUAUUUUUUAAACACAAUAUCAUUAAUUAUUGUUAGUAAAUUUAUUAACUUUCAAGUUAUUCUAUGAUCACACUCAACUUUUUAAGGCUUUUUAGUUAAAAAAAAAUAGACUAUUUACUUUUUAAAUAUUAAAUAAGGUUAUUGAUAAUUCUUUUUUUUUUUUUAAUGCCUUUCUUUCCUUCUGAAUAAUUUGUAAGUAAUGCAAAUGUGUUGUAAAUGUUGAAAACCCUCUAAAUGAUAGCCUAUAAAUAAUAUAUUACAUAAUAUUUUUAUUUUGACAGUUUUACAAUUAUUUUAUCAUUACCCUUAAUGUUCUUACUGAUAUUCAAAUACACCCUCAUUUUGCUUAAAUGUGCUCUUAUAAAUGUUCUAACUUCAUUGCCUCCAUUUAAGAGUAAGGCUUAAUUAAUCUGCAAAAUUCUUUCAGUCUUGUUUGGCAUGUGCAUUUAAAGCUAGUUUUGCUUAGAAUGAGGAAAUUAUGAAUGACCAUUGCUUUUAUUAAGCAUGUUUGUUGUCCAAAUAGGCUGUGAAGAAAGAAUUGUUAUUUAAUAAAAACACUCAUAAGAGAAAAAAAAAAUGACUUUAAAUAUUUGGAAUUUGAUUGCUGGCAGCAUCUUGCCCUACAAUCUGCCUCACGCUUAGAGAUAUGUGUCACAAAUUGUAUUAAGAUACAUCAAUAUUUAAAAAUUACACAAAUAUUGUUUUGUGGCAUUUAGAAAAAAUGAAAUCCUGCUGUUCUUAGGAUGGUUUGAAUUUGAAACAAUUGUUUAAGACAAUAUAUCAACAGCUAAAAGUGCCAUAUGCAGAUCAUCUAAGUCAGGGGUUGGCAACCUAUGGCUUAGAGCCAAAUGUGGCUCUAUGAUGGCUGCAUCUGGCUCACAGACAAAUGUUCGAUUAUAAAAAAAAAAAUAUUUCUUUAGACUCCUUUGAUUAGCAACAGCAUUACAAUGUUAUUAAAAAGAAUUCAGAGACAUAAUUAUUGCAUUUUUAUUGUUGAAAUUACACAAAAUGCACAAAUUUACUUGAAUUUUUAGUUUUAAACAUAAUGUAUGGCUCUCACAGUAUUAUUUUUCAAAAUAUGUGGUGUCCAUGGCUCUCUCAGACAAAAAGCUUCCCGACCCCUGAUCUAAAAGUCCAUUGAUCCUUCAAUAAAAUUCAAAUGAAAGUUUUUACAGUGGAAAUUGUUUAACAUAAAGUAAUAAUUAGGAAUAGAAAUAUUCUUGUGUAUUUUACGAAUUAUAUUGAAAAUAUGAUACAAAUUAAAUGUUUUUAAUUUUGUACGAAUCAGUUCCUAUUUAAAAGUGGUUUAAAAAACAAAAAAACAAACAAGUUAACAUUAUUCAAGCUAAGCAUUUUCCUAGACUUUUUCAGAUAAAAAAAAAAAAACAUGCAAUUUGAAAUAAAUGUAUCAAAAUUAAUUUUUUAGCUUAUGUCUAUUGUUUUUCUCUUUAUCAUCCUAUUUUCUACACAAAAAAAAUUCCAUCUGAUGUUAGUUAGGUUCAUUGAUUUUGAAACCUUUUUAAAAUUUCUAAUGUAGUAGGCACAGCAACUGACUACAAAAUUUCCUUGACUAUUUUAUCUUAAUUACCUUCAUGCACUGUAUCCAUUUAUGUAGGAAAAUAUCAUGAAAUAUCACAAAUUAUUAUCAGCCACAAGAUCAUUAAAAAAUUGAACAGAUUUUAAAUGUACAAUUUGCCGAAUGUUAAAUCAACAUCGUGGUGAUAUUAAAACUCUUUUGAAUAGGUAUUCAAUUUUUCUCUCUAUAAGUAUCGACAACAUAGGGAAGAUUUUAACAGCUGACUGUUAAUACACUUACAUUCAAAAUUCUCAGGGUUGGCAUCCUUGUAUCUAUUGUUUAUAAUGAGUUGUCAACAGAGUAAAAAGUUGAAUAAUUUGGUGAAUUAGCUUGGACUUAUAUAUUGUUGUACUCUUCAUAUUAUUUUGUGAUGCAAAAUCAUUUAAUUCUAAGUGAGUUUAAAUUACUCUAAAUUAUCAUUAUCACCAUAAGUGGCGUUGCAGUCCAUGAAAGGCUAUAGCUUCACACAUUGCUCCAUAUGGACUGACCCAUGUCUGUUUGGCUCCAUGCUCGGAUCCCUAGCCAUUGUAAAUCUGUAUCCACAUCGUCAAACCUCUGUUGAGGUCAACCAAUGUGUACUCUCCUCUUUGGCUUUUGAUGGUACACCGCCGUCACUCCUAUGGUCUUAAUGUUUAGCUAUUUAAAUACUCAAAAUAAGUUGUUGCAAUCUAUCAGUAACUUAAAGUGAUGAAGCUUUUACCUCAAUACACACACAAUCCUUAUAUGUUAAUAUGAGGUUUUAUACUGAAAAAAAUUAAUAAAACCAAUGCUGGAUGAGAAGAGAAAAGAAAAACUUUGCUGAAGAGAUUGGAGGCUCCUUAAAAUAAAUUGUAUUUAAAUGUUGAGUUUCUUUUUAGUUUGAGACUUCUUUAUUUUACAGUGGUGGAAUUGUUUUUUAUAUUUUUGACAGAUGUUUAUUAACUCCAGUGAUAAUUCUGGAAGAAAUUUAGAACCACAUAGCCGUAAUCCAUUUUUUGAAGGUAAAUAAAGCUUUUCAGGUGUGAAUAGAUCGGAAUUUCUGUAUUGACUCCAUUGGUUUAAUAAGUGUUCCGGACUUGGUAAUAUUGCAUGCUGACAAUGUUUCAGUGGAAGAGCUUAGUUGACAAGGUGGGGCGCAAGUAUUUUCACAAAGUGGGCUCUGCUGACACCCUGUGGACCCUUCCAACAUCCUCAAAUGCCCCUGAUAAAGAUCUCCCUCCUCAAACUACAGAUCAAACUGUCCAGGUAUUCCUUUAAGUGCUUUGUUUGGAGAAGAGACAAAAAUCGCCUGCCUUUAUUCUGUAGCUUUUGAGGAUCAAAUUUUAUCACCUAUUAAUUGCAGUGUUUUACAUCAUACUGCUGCUAUAAACUUUUAAAGUGUUUCUACGCAUAUAUUUACCGAACUUAUUUUAAAAAAUCUAUUUCUGGAAUUGCAUACACACCAACACAUACUUAAUAAUUAGUAAGCUAGUAGAUUCAUAUUAGAAUUAUGCUGGAGGAAAUGUUUUCUAAAUUAAAUAAAAAUUCUAACACCUUUUUCUGGUUUAGAUUAUGCUUGUAACACACCUUUGCCUUCACUCCUUAGAUUAAACCCUUCUUGAGGGUGAGUUACAACAACUCGAUGAACUACUUAUUUUUUAAAUUUUAUUUUGCACCCUGUUACUUAAUGCUUCCUAAUUCCUCCCAAAUAAGCUAAAGGAAAUAUAUAGUUUUGCACGUAGCCUGGAUGAAAAGAAAAUACUAUUUUUUAAUAAAUUGUAUGUCAAAUAUUAAUUCUAAUUGUUAACAGUCAUGGCUUAUAGGAUCAAUUGUAAGGCCCACUAACAAAUCAAUAGUUUUAGUUCAAGGCUCUUAUUUAAUAAAGUCAAAUAGUAUUUUGAACACUCAUUCUUAUCUUUAUUGAGUUUAGAGUUCUUAUAUUGCGUAUUUUACCUCUUGAUACAUUUGUUAUUGGGAGUUCUUUGCACAUAUUACAGUAAUUGCAAGCUAUCAAAUCAAUGGUGGAAAUUGAGCAAGUGGUUUUCAUCUAUUUUACAUUUAUUAAACUCCUUCCUCUAAAAAUGUUUGUUGUUAAAAAUUGAAGGUAUUUAAAUUGUUUUUUUUAAAGAAAUGUAUGCUAGGAGGUCUAUCAAAUGUUUGGAUAAAUAAAAUUUAUUUUAGAAAACAUGUAAAAAUUGAUAUUUUGAUGUUCCUCUCUCUCUCUCUGUUAAAAUUCAAUUUACCCAAAUGGCCAAUAAGACUAAAAUUUAAAAUAAAAUGAUGAAGAGAUAGAAAUUCAUUUUUUGGUUUAUGGUUUAUUUGUCUAAAUAGACAUAUUAAAAUAAAAAACGGUUUUCUCAGCCAACAAAGUAAACCUUUUGUUAAAAAGUAAUAACAUGACUUAACAUUUGCAAUCCAUUUAAAAAAAACAACUGAUGAAUGGUUUUCAACCACUGCUGCUGAUAAAUAAUUGUAUGUCUCAAUAUAUUUAAAUUCGUAAAAUUCCACAAGUAUAAUAUCUUAAUUAAAUGUUAUAAUAAAAUAUACUUUAUACAUCCUUAUCCUAUCUCACAGACAUCAUAACUUCCUCCCUUAUGCUUUCUAAUUUAGCACUGUUGUGUCCAAAUCAAUUCCCUCUGGGUGUAGUAACUUUUUUUGGUGUGUGCCUUUAUGUGCAGUGGGACCACACUUUAAACAAUGAACCUUAUAAGAGCUUUUUCUUUAAUUACUAUUCAGAAUUGGAGAAUGUUCUAUUGCUUGAACAUCUAUCAGGACAUGUCAACAUUAAUUUUUUUCCGAGCAAUUCGUUUCUCAUUUACGUAAGAGCAUCACAUUGCAGUAACAUGUUUUGCUCUAUCAACUUACCGUUUCAUGCCAUCUAUCAUUCUGAAAAACUGGUUCUUGCAUAUCCAACAUAAUAUCUCGUUACAGAAAUUUUUCAAAACUUGUCUUUAAGUUACUUAUUCUUCUAUUAAACAAUAGAGUGCUCUGUUACCACGAGAAACCCGGAAAUGACAGUCAAUGUUUGUUUUAACCAUAUGCUCAGGAACACACUGAAAAUAGUCAAGCUGCUAGUAACUUUUAAUAAAAAGCUAUCAAUGUAAAUGGUUUUGGAAAUGAAAAAACAUUUAUAGCAUUGAAAUUUAAUAGAAUAUUCCCAUCUCAGUUAUAAUGAUCUUUAGUUUAAUCUUUGGUUAAGUUUGCAUUCCAUUUUUCAUUUACAACCACUGUGAUACCAGCUGUAUUACUAUUGUUUAUUUUUUGCGGUACAUUUCUCCUUAAUAUUCUCUAUAUGAAUUAAUAUUGCUUUUUAAAAGUCGUGUUAUGUGUCAUCAGUUCUGUAUUCAUAUUUUUAUUGUCAAGAUUGUUGCAACUUCCCAUGAACUUCCUUACCUCGCUAUUUUUCCCCUUCAUUAAUUGUUUAUAGAUAUUGUUAACACCUUGUGUAGAUGGGAUAUUACAAAUUAUUUGUUAAAGUACUCAUAGAUAGAUAAAAUAUCAUUUAAUUAAUUUAAAUUAAAAUAAUUUCUUACUUUAACGGUCUAAACUGUAUAUAAAAUUGGAAACUGACUUUUACUGCUUGAUAAUUCAUAUAUUAAACAUCAAUUGUUAUGAAAUAAUGUUUAAAGGCUAACUAAUAUCACAGAUGCAUUUUUAUUUAACUUAGAUAAAUCUGUCCCUUAAUAAGAUAUAUUGUUUGUUAAAAGCAUUUCUUCUCCAGUACAUUAUUAUAUGCAGAACAAAAUAAUUAAUAAUUACUCUGUUUAUUGACUUUUUACCCUACUUUGACCAACUUAGUAAAAAAAUAUUUUGACAGUUGCAAAUAUCUUUUGUGUUUUAUUAAGAUGGUACUUUUAUAUUAGUUUCAAGUUUUCAUUUUAUUUUAAAAUUAUUUUGGGAAUUGGUGUAUUUACUUAUUCCCAUUCAGAAUAUACAUAAGUGAUUUUACUUGUGUUUUUAUAGAUUAGGUAGAGUUUGAAAUAAUUAAUACAUUUUUUUUCACAUAUUGUGUUUUUCUCCAUUUUAAAAUGUCCAGUCCAUUCUCAUUAAAAGAAAGUGUUAAUCAGCAGAAUGCCUUUUUUAUCAUUAAAUAUUUUACAUCAUUACAUGGAAUAUUUAUUUAAAUUGAUAAUUUUAGCACAUCUCCUUAAGGACUGAACAUUUUACUUAUUUCUGCCAAUACAUGUGCAUGUACCUUAUUAUUCAUCAAAUAUUAACAAUGGCUCAUAAAUCUGUUGCUUGCUGUAUCAGCAAAGAGAUGUCAAUUGGGAAUCACAAGGACAUCGCCUUAGUACGUUUGGUGGAAAAUCAUUGCGGGCAACAAAAGCUAUGUCCACGUAUGGCCACUUGGACUCACCAAACAUCCUCAAUCGUGCUUCGACACUUCCUGCCAACUUGAAUUCUACCAGAGUUUCGCCAGUUGCUAAUGUAAUUUCUUUCUCACUUUUUUGUGGUAAUGACAAUAGCAGCCUUAAAAAUAUAAUGGUCAAGUAUUAAUUGUCAUUUUGGACUAACUGAAAUAACACCUGAGAGCCCCUAGUUGUUUUUUUAACGUACGCUUGAGACUUAAGAAUGUAUAGAUUUUCAAGGUGUUGUCAAUACAUAUUAAUACAUUUUGAAGAAAACCUUUGUAUUCACAAGGUUCCAUCAAAAUUAUAAGAGCUGAAUGAUUAUUUAAGAAAAGCUAAUUUGGAUAUUUUGUUUGACUCAUAUUGUCAAAGGCGUCAUUAAAUAAUAGAUGUGCAUACAAAAUACUGUGCCGUAGUUAUUUGUCGAGCAACGUUACCUUAGGUUUAAAAGACAGCUUAAAUUUGGACCUGGGGAGAGAAAAAAAAACAGCUGUUCAUUUUGUAAAGAUGUAAGACAAUUUUAUUGUGAAAUAUUAAAGUUUCUGUGGUUACAAAUGUUAUUACAGUUCUUGCUUGGAAAACAAAAGAAAUGUCUGGCAUGAUUUUAAUACAUAUUUUAAAACAAAUUUCACAUGAAGCAAAUAUAGUUUAUGGGCAUGAUUCAUCUAUUGGUCUUGAAAACUACUAGUACUCAAUGCAUUUUGCAUGUAUACAUAAAUAACCCAUGCAUUGUAGAUUUUCAGCAUUGUAGCAACUUUAGAAGUUGAAAAUUGCCCCUUCUGCCAAAUGUUCUUUCUUCAAAUUUGGAAUAUUUUCUAUGUAGUUGCUAGAAUUCUUGAGUGCUGUUAUGUUUAUUUUAAGUACAUGUCAUGUGUCAGUUGUGAUUAUCAAUUAUGUUUAAAGGAAAGUUUCUUGCCUUUCUAAAAAUUAUUUGUCUAUGAUCAAUUUGCAUCAGAAGUAUUUUUGUUUCUUUGUUAAAAAAGUGUUUAAAUUUCUCAAUGUAUUUCCUAUAGAAAUUUUUAAAGAUUGUGUGUGUGUUUUCUUAUUAAGUUGUUUAUUCUCUCUAAUUCUAGGAUCGAAGUCGCAGUCCAACUCAAAUGCCAUCUCCAAAUAAUAUUCCUCAAAGACCUACUAAUUUAUACACAUCAAAUAUGCCUUUAAAAAUUCAGGAGGUAUGUAUCAGUUUUAUUAAUAAUAAAAGAAAGCCUAUAAAUCAUGCUCUGUGCUUUUUAAUGGCUAAAAUUUUUAUUGUUAAUUGAAGUUGUGGUAAUUACAAAUUUAUAUUAAUUUCUUUUUUUUUUAAUCAACUAUUUCAAUAACUAAGUAUCUAAAUAUUUCAAUAAAAUUUAUUUAAGAGCUUUGUUUGUUUUCAAUUUAUGUGUUGGUGCAUAAAAUACAUCCCUUAAAUUAAUGUAUAAAAAGUAAUUUUGGUGAAAAAAAUAAAACAAAGGGAUUAAGAUUUUAUCAAAUUUAACACCAUCUGAAUUAAAAUGUUCACUUCUUAUUGAACUUUACAGCCAUUUAUUAACAGUGUAAGUUACCUUUUAUAAGUUGCAAAGUUGUUUUUAGCAUGUAAUGUAUUAUCUAUAAAUUUCAGUCCUUAAAACUUAAGUUGAACAAGAGUUUCAAGUUUCUAUCGGCGCCAUUAAUGUUUUAUCUUGUAAUCCGUCAUAAGCUUUAUAAAGUUGCAAAAUAUUUUUGGAAGUCCCAAUUAGUUCUUUCAAAGAAAAAAUAAUUGAGCAUGUACUUUUCCUCUUAUCUAUGUACUAAUGGUUAUACACUGGACCCUCGAUAAUACAUGUUUUUUCAGGUCCCUAAGCUAAAGUUUUGUUCCAAAUACGUAUUUUAGUAAAACCAUGUAUUUGUACAGUUAUGUUAUGUUAUUUGGGUGAAUUUAUGCUAACAAGUCCACCUGACUGGUUUGUUAUAGAAGGCAUUAUAAAAUCAGUAACACUUACAGCCAGUGCUCGACUUAUGACCAGGAUCGGUUCCAACAGACCGGUCGAAACACGAUUUGGUCAUAAGUUGAGUACGCUAUGUGUGCAGUAGUGUGAAGUGAUGUUAUAAAAAUAUUUAAGUUAAAUUAUAUCAUGAAUUUCUUUUAUUAUUGUUAUAAAUCAUAAUUUUCUAUGGGAGAUGGGAGUUCAAAUUUUCAAACUCUGAAGAGCUCUCCAAUCCACAAGCUAUAGUCGCACUUGAGAAAGUCAAUAGACUUAGGGUUAUUUAGAGUGUUAUUUCUUAGAAAUUGAUGACGCCGGCUAGCAUCAUGCCUCCCUUUCCUUAGUUAACGACCACCGAUGAUUGCAGACAACGCCGUUUGACUGAUAAUUGAGGCAGAAAUAAAUCUGAAAUCUAAUAUGGCUAAUGAUUGUGGUGUUAAGUUGAAUGGUCGUAAGUUGCAUAGGUUGUAAAUCAAACACUGGCUGUAUUUAGAUAACCAAAAAUACUAUAAUUAUAUUGAUUAUAAUAUAAAAUAUGGUGUGAAAAAGCAUACAUAAUUUUUUAAGGAGUCACCAUUAUUCACAUGUGUCACGAAGGAAUCUUCAUUUUAUUCACACAUGUAAUAAAGAGGGUCCAAUGUUGCAUGCUAUUUAUGUCUUCAGUCAUUUUUCCAAAAAAGCUGAAGAUUUUGAGUUUAAAGCAUGUUGAGUAUAUAUUAUAUGUCAUGAAGGAUCUUUGACACAUUAUACAAAGUAAUAUUGUACAAAUAAUUUUAGAGGGCAAUGGCAGCACAAUUUUUAUAAAAUGGUCAAUAUAUAUCCAUUUAAAAAAAAUCUUGUGUGCAAAAAUGUGACUUACAAAUAAUACAAUUUGCAAGUAAGACAAGGUUUAAAAUUUGCUCAAUAUUUUUUCUUUAGUUUUAUUAGGAAAUCUAUUUUGAUGAAUGCCAAAAAUAAAAUAUGAUGUUCAUUUUCCAGUAGUUAUCAUGAAUCCUUUUAGGUAUUGUAGUUGUGUCUAGGGCAUGGUUUAAGCUUUUAGACAACUGCAUAAUUUCAAAUUUGUUCAUUUGAAAUUUGUUCGGUUUAAUUUUUUUUUAACUUUAAAAAAAAAAAAUUUCUUCAAAUUUUACAAUUUAUACUAAACAUAAAACAUAAUACCUGAUAAUUCAACAAAAUAUUUAAAAAACUAAUAAUUCAUGAAAAUAUAUUUCUCAUUUUAAGUUGAUAAUAGCAUAGAUUUAAUGAUGCUAUUUUAAUAGAUGAGCUUUCUUAGGUUGAAUAUAACCUAUUCAGUAUGUCUGACUCAAUUAUAUUUUGGUUUAAAACUUCCUAUUUUUCUGUCUAUGAAGAUUAUUAAAUUAUAUAUAUACAUCUUAUUAUUGUUUUAAGUCUAAUAGUUAACACCAUUUAUUGUUUUUAAAUGUGCCAAUAAGGUGAAAAGGCAUUGGGAAACCUGAAGAGUCAAAGAGGAAAUAAAAUCAAAGACAGCUUUACAAAAAGUUUUUGGUUCAAUUUUAGAGUUGGGAUUGUUCAAACAAAAUGUUUGAAUUGCAUGAAUGGGGAAAUUCUAGGACCAGGAAGGAUAUUUUUAAGUAUGUAGAAGAGGACUUGAGCAGAUUUGUACACACAUUUUGGGUCUAUAAGUGCUAUGUAAUUGUUACAUCCAAUAAAUGUAAAGUGCAGCAAAUGUGUAUGUAAGUGUGUGCAAAUCUAUUUGAGGCAUGGAAAUCAUUAUAACAGUAUUGAAUAAGAGACAAAAAUAAGUUACAAUUCAUGUCAAGCUUGUAAAAAAAAUGCCAGCAGUUUUUUUUUCUUCAAAAUCCAGUCCAUAUGAUCCUCCCAAAUUUAAUUGCACAUAUCUUUCAAUGCCUUAAAAUAAAGUAUAAACUUAUCUUGUUCAACUAUUUAUCUACUUAAAAUAAAAGCAACAGAAAAUUAUCUAUUUAAUAAAACCAAUUUUUUAGUUUGUAUUUACUCGAUUUACCAUAAAAUUAAUUUGGCUGAUAUUUUUAUAGGAUCCCUUUGAAGGAUAUUUAAAUAAGGCCAAGAUUGUAGAAGGUACUGGAAAGAAAAAAGUUAAGUAAGUAUAUUAUAACUCAAAACAUACAGCAGCUAUUGCAAUGAAAAUAACAACAAGAAUAUUUGACAAGUAUCUUUAAUGCUGGUAUAAAUUUGACUAUUAAUGAACUACACUAAUUCAUGGGAAAAAAACUUAUUAUAUAGCAAUAUUUUUCUUUUAAAAUAGGGAUUAUAGGCACUUGUAUGCAAUAGGCAUAUUUGUUGAAUACAAUUAUGUUAGAAGGAUGUUAAAUAUGGAUAGAAAUAAAACAGUUUACUGAAUUACUUAAUUUUAGGGGGGGGGGGGGGGGGGGGGGGAAGUUGUGAUUUUAUUUCAAAAUGAGAUUAACUUUUUUUUUUCUGUUUUUUUUUUUUAAUUAGGAAAAAUUGGUCUCAAAUUUACUUGGUACUUCAAGAGACAAAUUUAAUAUUUUACAAAGAUCAGAAGUCAACAGCACACAAACCCGGCUCUCCCCAUGGGAGACCAGAAAUGGUUGUUAGCCUUCAGGGAGCUAAAGUGGAAUUUAAGCCAUCUAAAGAGUUUACCAGCAAAAAGAAUACCAUUUUGGUUUGUAACAUAUGUAUUUCUAUGGUUACAAAAAGGUUUGAUAGUAUAAACAAUUUUUUAAUUAAAAGUCUGUUACCUAACUUAAUACUUUCUUUUCAACAAAACCAAUAACAAAAUAUUUAUCUGUUUGAUAUUAUUGUGGCUUUUUAGACAAAUUUAUUUAUAAAUGAAGGAAAAGUGUACUAAUAUAUAAAUUAAAAAAAAAAUUAUUUUAUAAUUUUGUUCUUUUCUUUUUUUCAGUUACAUGCAAAUUCAGGCAUUUUCUUGUUACAGUCAGACAAUGAAAAGAAUAUACGGGAAUGGUUUACACGCUUGAAGAUAAUUGCAAAUGAUAUGUCUCCUGUAGGUUACUUUGACUGUUGAUGAAUACUAUGAAAUGAAUUAACUUAAUACAUUGAUUUUAUUGUGUUUUAUGUAAAAAUGCAUACUGGGUAUGUCAAAAGUGUAGAUAAAAUUAGUACUUCUUUAACUAACUUAAUUAUAAAAUACAUUUUAGAAGAACCAUUCACUUAAGGUCAGCUGCAUUUAUAAUAAAUUUAUCAGCUAAUACAUUUUGAUGAAUGUAUGUAAGGGAUGUUUGGAUAAACUUUUCACUUGCCUAAUAUAUAUUUCCUGUACAGUUGAAACACUUCUAAAUUUAUGAUUUCCUCAUACUUUAGGUUCCAGAAUCUAGUCCUAGAGACUUUGAUAACAAAGAUGAUAAAAAAUCUGAUAAAGGUAAUAUUUUUAAAAAUAAAUUUACAGAAAUAUUUUAAAUGUAAGAUCUCUUUGAUCCUUCUUCAUAGGAAUGGUGCAUUUUGUUGCUCACUUCAAUAUUUCUACAUUAUAAUAUUAAUUGUUUUUUUUACAAGGAAUGACGAGGAGUGUGUCAGCUGAUGACAGUCCACAGAGUGUAGAUAGAAAAAAGAAUAUGGUUGGCAUUGGUGCCAAACUAAAAGGUCUUUUGAAUCGUAGGCCAACAAAAGAUGACUUAAUUAAACAAGGCAUUUUAAAAGGUAUGUUGUUAAUUUUUUCUAAAAGAUGGGCCUAAAAAGAUUGAUAUUUUUACUUUUUUUAUUUUUUUCUGAUCUUGAACACUGAUUCCCUCACAAAAUUUGGACAAAUUCUUAUCGUGCCAUACUAUUUUUAUGAGUCUUGUUACAAGAUUUGAUGAGUUAACUAAUCCUCAUCCAUACGCUGAGAGGUGUUGAGCUUAAUUGCUCUUUAUGUUCCUUGCUAGCACUUUGGCAAUGAGCUCUAUUUGCUGUGCUGCAUAACAUAUCUAUGACAUAGGACCUGGUUUCUACCCUUGGCUCCCUAAUAACAGAGCAUUCAUUCAGAAAGUGUUCUACUGUUCUGGGACUUGUAUGUAAUGUCGUCAGUUGGGGUCCCAGUUACAUCUAGCUGGUCAAAGUAGAAAUGUUUGAGUCACCAGACUCUACUAUUUGCACUUCAUUUUCAUCAUGGAUUGCCUUUGUAGUGUGGAAACCUCUGCCAUUUGUGCUGUCUAUCCCCUGAACAAAAUAAUUUGUCCUGAAGUGGUCCACCAACCACUUCUAGUUACCGAGAUAAGUUGCUGGAUUUGAUGGCUGUUGGCUGGAAAGCCCUGGUUGAGGGAUGUGUUGUUUUUUAAUAGCCCUAACAUCUACGUUAUCUCUGAUGUGUUGCAGCUUAGCUUUGCCCCCAUUUCUUUUUUCUCCAUUUUGAUGAUGCCUACAUCAUCCAGUAUGACUUCAACCGGCUAAUUGCAUCUUGCCACUUUUCUUUUUCCUAAUUGGACUUCAAAUAAGUGAAAAUUACUUUGAGUCCUUUUCAAUUCCCACCAGAGUUCCUCUUUUGAUGAUCAUUUCACAUUGUAAAGGGAAAAUUUCAGGAAGCACUUCCAGACUAACCUUUGCCUCUAGUUCCACUGAUACUAGUGCCAGGUCUGGGCUGCCAGGUCUGUGCAGGGCAUCUGGAUGUAUUUUAUUUAUUAUGGUAAAGGACUUACCAGCCCUAACUAUUCAUAUGAUGAGGGUAUACUUACCACAAAUAUGUUUGUGCUUUCGCAAGCUUUUGACACUUUGUGGGUGUGCAUUUGUACACUGAGGAGCCUCAAAUGUGCAAUGCGUGCGUCUUCAGAAGUGUCUAACUUUGUGAGUUCUGUGGUCUUUAGCCUGACACUGAAACAGCUAAGCUGUUAUACUACAAGGUUUUGAGGAAGGUGAUUCAUGUCACUUUGUUUCCAGUAACAGCUAUGCUAUCACUCCAACUGUGGCACGAUAUGGGAUGCGAUGUGUAGUGAGGUUUAGAUGGGUAUGCCAGCUCCACAUUACAAAUUUUAGUUGUGCUAGCCAUGUUACGAUCCUGGAGAAAAAUGUUGCUGCACUCCCCCACUUCUUCUUUGGAAACUGACAAAUUGUGUGACCCAGUUGGCUACCUUCAAUCGUACUGAUGUACUUUAUUAAAAAUUAAUCGGCAAAUUAUAAUUAACUGUAAUGAUAUAAGAUUUGUAUGUAACCUAUUUUUUAAAUAUUUUUUUACAGAUGCUGUUUUUGGCUCAAAGCUGCAAGAACUAUGUGACAGAGACAAAAAUAAUGUGCCAAAGUUUGUACAUGCCUGUAUAGCAGCGGUUGAAAAAAAAGGUAAUACUAAUAAUACCUUUGCCCAUACCAGUGAUAACCUGAAAAAAUCUUGCAUUGUUACUAUUGUUACAACUUCUGUUACGUUAUGGAGAAAAAAUUUGUAAUAUUUUUUUCAAAUAGAAUCUUUUGAUGAAAAAUAUUUUUUUGAUGUGUGUAAUUUCCUAGCAACAUCUAUGAUUCUUAGAUGUGGAUAUUACUGAUACAUUUGUAACAAAACAGUAAUAAUCAAUUAUAAUUAAUAACUUAGAUUAUAAUGCACAUAAUAGUUAUCCAUUCUUUUUAUUGGAUUGUAAACAUAAAACACAUUUGUAUUUUAAUUGAUGAGUCUAAAUAGUGAUGGCUGUUUUAUUUAUUUUUCAAUUUCAAAAAAAGUUAAAUAAUGCUUGUGUGGUUGGUUAUACAAUGCCAAAGAAUUUAAAACUUUGUCAAAAUACAGCUAUCCUUUCAAGUUGACUGUUAUGUUUGUCAACAAUUUUAAAUUAAAGAAAAUAUAUAUCUUUAGCUUAUUUGACAGCAGAAAAAUCAAUUUUACACUUCUAAAAUAUUAUCUUAUUUACAGGGUUAUCUCAUGAUGGGCUUUAUCGUAUAAGCGGUAAUAUGGCAGAAAUUCAAAGGUUGCGCUGCGCAGUUGACAAAGGUAAAGUUUAUAUUAAAUAUUUCUAACAUAAUAAUUUGCUACCAAAUUUAAACAAAACAAAAAGUGCUUGAUUAAUUAAUAAUGAAGAUUUAGAUAUCAACAUUCAUUAGUGCGAAUCUGAGAGUUAGCAGCCUGCUUAAAACUAUUUAAAAACAUGCAAGAAAAAUCAAAACAACACAUUUACUGUAGGGUUAACUAUUUAAAAAUUUCCAAGAUUUAAAAAAAAAGACAUUUUGUUUUAAAUUACUCAUUUGUAAAUCAUGUAUUUUAUAAGUUUAGCCUUAACUGCAAAAUAAUUAACAACAGUAAAAUAUGUGCAUCAUUUUAUCAUCAACCAGAUGACUCCUACAAUCUUUAUGAUGAACAAUGGGACAUACAUGUGCUGACUGGGGCUUUAAAGCUUUUCUUUCGAGAACUUAAAGAACCUGUUUUUCCUUUUAAUAUGUACAACAAAUUUUUAGAUGCCAUCAGUAAGUUGCUUUUUUUUUUCCCCCGCUGAGAAAAGUUAGAUUUAUUGACUAAUAAAUAUGUAUUUACAUUUUUGGUUUAUUGUUGAUGCUAUAUUUAAUAGCCUUCUACAUAUGCUUUUUAUUUGUGUGAUGUAGGUUUAUAUCCAUACGAAAGCAGCAGCUAAAAGAUUUUAAAGAAUGUGAUGCUUUGAAACUAUAGUUAAUUUUUUAGUAGUUUUUUUUAAAACAGAUUGAAAAAACAUUAAUAGCUUUUACUCAUUUUUCCAAUUGGUUUUUCAGAAAAAGAGUUAAAGACUGAGAAAUUAUCAUUAUUCAAAGCAGCUGUUGCUGACUUACCCCGGUGCAAUUAUCACACACUCAAAGAGCUUUUCCAACAUCUUCAUAAGUAAGUCCAAAUUUCUAUAUAUGGAAUAUUUAAAUUUUAUUUACUUUUAAUUAAUGAAUAACGGAUUUAUGUUUUUAAUGUACCAAUGCAUUAUAGUAAAGAAAGAAAAUAUGUUAUUUUUUUUUUUUAUUGUUGAAGGUAAUUUUUUAAUUUUUUAUCAGUUUCUCAACUUUAUUUUAUCACCAGAGUUGUGGAAGUAAGUCAUAGAAAUCGAAUGCAGACUCAGAAUAUAGCAAUUGUUUUUGGACCCACAUUACUGUGGCAAGAAGAGGAUGGAGGAAGUUUGGCUGUGCAGACUGUGUACCAAAGUAAAAUAGUGGAAUAUAUGCUGUUGGAACUUAAUGAAUUGUUUAAGUGAUCUGCCAUUUAUUUCUAUUAACCAGCACCAAAUUAUUUGUUAAAUUAUUUUAUUUUGAUGUUUAAUAAUAUAUUUGUUAAUUCAUUCCUUCUUGAUAAAAUCUUCCAUUUUAACUUAAUGCUAAAAAAAAAGAUCAGAUAGGCAGUGGCAUAAUUGAUACUGGUGUCUUUACUGGAAUGCUCUAGCUUCCAUUGAUCUAGGGAGAGAGAUGGUUCUCUGAGGUCACAAACAAAAUGUCAGUUUAGGUCACAAAUUUAAUAUAAAAAACAACAAAUUUCACCCUGCAUUGAGCAAAUAAAAAUAACUUACACUAGUUUCAACUCUGGAUAAAAUAUUUAUUAAAAAAACCCUCAAAACAUUUCUAUUUUUUUUUUUUAAACAAUUAUUUUUGUAUUUCUUACUUCUUGAGGUUAAUUUGUCUUAAUUCUACAACUGUGAGAUGCACUGGCUGCAAUCACACUGAGUUUUCUACUCUUAUAUGGACUCUCAUGUAACUUAGAAAACUCAAGCACAGGCAAUUUAUGUAUCUGCAACUGUUGUUAUACAGGUGACCUUUGUUAUAUCUCUGCUCUGUCUUAUAUAUGAAUUCAUAAUUCAUUAAGGUAUCUCAUUGUGAUGUGAAAAACUACAUGUCCUGUUCACCCUAUGACAUUUGCAACUAUCCAUGCAGAGUAAAAAUCAUCUCAACCUUCCUCAGCCAUGACCUUCACAAGUGGGUUAGGCAUUUUAGACUUUAUUAAGUUUCUUGAACUUGAAGUGUGCUUGACAUGGGUCCUCAUUUAAGAUUUCUUUGCCCUCCUGAAAAUUGUCCCACUUAAAAUCCCACCUAGUUUUCAUUUUGAUGGUAUUCAAAAUAACAAGUUUUCUUGAGAAAUGUUUAACCGAAACACAUAAAACAAUUUUUAAAAAAAUAUUUAAUCAUGUUCUGGGUUUCUGUUAAGCUAUUUUUUUCCUACUGUUUUUGUUUUAAUGGAAUCAACAGGUUUUAUUGUAGGUUUGCUUUAUUUGCAAUGAUAUAUCUUUUCAUAUCAAAAGUCAAAAACAUUAUCUAUAAAAUAAUAUUUAGUUGUAUUGAGUGAUUUUUAUUUCAUAUGCUGUAUGUAAAGAAAUACAUUGAGCAUGAAAAUGAACAAAAAAGGAGUUUUGUACUCCAGAGAAAUUUUCUCUUUUCAGUACUUAUUUUAAUUAUAUUGUAAUGAUGACCUGUCAUAAAUGACAAAGAUUGUUUCUGACUUUGAUUCAGGGGAAAUGUUUAAAAAUGAAUUUGUAUACAUCAAUUUUUGAUUCUGUCAUGUCAUGACAUCCACAAACCUGCACUUGAUACCCCUUCAAUUAAAUAACUAUUUCAUUUUACCAUAAUUUAACUGGAAUCAUUUUCUUUGCAGAUGUACAAAGUACACUUUCAUUUACAUUGUUAGGAACUUUAGACUAAUAAGUUAAAUAUGGAUUCAUGUAAAGUUACCCAGCUUCUUUGAAAAAUCUGUUUUCUUAAUCCAUUGUUAUAGUCCCUGCCUAUGAAAUGUAAUUUUUAAGUAAAAUUUAAGUAUGAAAUAUUUGAUUCCACCAUCUAUUUUGA